AUGUCAGACACCAAUUCCAAGUUCCGCGAUCUACCCCGCGCCGCGGGGCCCUUGAUCUGCCCAUACAAGGGAACACCGGUCCUGCUAUCGCACAAAUUCAACAAAGGCUCCGCCUUCCCAGACCAUGAGCGAGCAGAAUUCAAGCUCCACAGUCUCCUCCCGCCAAACAUCCAGACAUUGGAGGAGCAGGUCCAGCGUGCUUAUCAGCAGUAUCAAACCAGGCCAGACGACCUAGCCAAGAAUACCUUCCUGGCUAGCAUGAAGGCGCAGAAUGAAGUGCUGUACUUCAAGCUCGUGCAAACCCACCUGAAGGAGAUGUUUAGCGUGAUAUACACGCCUACCGAAGGCGAGGCGAUUGAGAAUUACUCGCGGUUGUUCAGGAAGCCGGAGGGGUGUUUCCUGAAUAUCAAUGACCAGGAUCACAUUGACGAAUAUCUCGCUGCGUUUGGGACCGAGGAGGAUGUUGAUUAUAUUGUCGUCAGCGAUGGGGAGGAGAUAUUGGGCAUUGGGGACCAAGGUGUAGGCGCUAUUCUCAUAUCGAUUGCCAAACUGGUUCUUACCACGCUCUGCGCUGGAAUCCAUCCUUCACGACAGCUUCCGGUUGUACUGGAUUGCGGGACAGAUAACGAAGGGUUGCUCAAUGACGUCCUGUAUCUAGGCCUGCGACAGCGCCGGGUCCGAGGGGAGAAGUACGAUGAGUUUGUGGAUAGAUUUAUCAAAGCUGCCCGCAAACGAUUCCCCAAAGCUUACAUUCACUUUGAGGAUUUCGGCCUCAAUAAUGCACGGAGGAUACUCGACAAGUAUCAGCCACAGAUACCCUGUUUCAAUGACGACAUCCAAGGCACGGGGUGUGUCACACUCGCUGCCAUGUUGGCUGCCCUUCAUGUCAGCCAAGUCAAACUAGAAGAAGUCCGAGUCGUGAUCUUCGGCUCUGGGACGGCUGGUACUGGCAUUGCCGAUCAGAUUUCAGAUACCAUCGCUACUGAGACGCAGAAGUCAACGGAUGAAGCAUCUAAGCAGAUAUGGUGCAUCGACAAGCCCGGUCUCCUUGUAAAGUCCCACGGUGAUCAGUUGACAGAAGGCCAGAAACCUUUCGCACGAGAUGAUGCCGAGUGGUCAGAUGGUGAUCGAGAUCUUCUGUCAGUCAUCAAAAAGGUCCACCCCCAUGUGCUUAUUGGGACAUCUACCAAGCCUGGAGCAUUCACCGAAGAGAUCAUUCGUGAGAUGGCCGAUCACGUAGAGCAACCGAUUAUCUUCCCCCUCAGCAAUCCAACACGACUCCACGAAGCGAAGCCGGUUGAUCUCUACGAAUGGACUGAUGGGCGAGCCCUCAUUGCGACAGGCAGUCCAUUCCCGCCAGUUACCCACAACGGCACGACAUACGACAUCGCGGAAUGCAACAACUCAACUUGCUUCCCUGGCAUUGGUCUUGGAGCAGUCCUCUCACAGUGCCGUCUCAUGUCUAAGAAGAUGCUAGUCGCUGCCGUGGAGGCACUCAAGGCGCGGUCACCGGCCCUGAAAAACCCUUCUAAACCGUUGCUACCCGAUGUGGAAGAUGUGCGUGAAAUCAGUGUGGAUAUUGCCGCGGCAGUGAUUUUGUGUGCUGUGGAGGAGGGACUGGCACAGGCAGAGGGCAUUCCUACCACCGACUCGGAGCUACGAGAGUGGAUUCGAGUCCAGAUGUGGGAGGCUGAGUACCGGCCUCUUGUUUAUAAGGAUUAA